AUGCCAUUAUCCAUCCCCAGCGCCCAACUUUGGGAAAAGGACAGCACCCAACUUUGGGAAAGACGCCUAGUGGGAAAGACAUAUGUAGGGUAUCGUAAUUCAAAUCCUUCGUGGACGACCUUCUCGGAUGAAGAUCUACCCUCUCCGUACCGCGUUGUGUGGUCCGGAUCCUUCACGACCAUGGAUAUUCGCCGCGAUAGGCAUGGUGCAGCCACGCCGCAACAGUCGUAUGAAAGUAGUUCGGUGAAAGGGUUCCACGAGGGUGCAAAGUUCGAUGUCUCAAGCUGCGCCCUUGACUCUUCCCCUACGCUUCGCAGCCUGUUCUUCUCACCGAAAUUUUCAAACAUCGACGACUCAUCGCCGGUGGUCCACCGCGGUUAUGGAGGAGCUCGUGUGAGAAUUGUUCAAAAGGUUGUAAAGCAGUAA